AAUAAAGUAUAAUUACAAUACUAUCCCCUUUUCUCUAUACCUCACUAUCUGCUUCCCUAAAAGGCUUAAACCCUCUAUUUCCUUCUUCUCUGCCCAACUCCUAAAACGGAGAGAAAGACUGAUUUUUCAGUGUCUUGAGGACUUUUAUUUAUUUAGGACUUCACAACAAAACAAAGCUAGCUGCAGAUGGAAGUUUGCCCAGACUGUGGAAUGUUGUUGCAAUAUGAGUUGCCUCAUAUGGACCGUCCAGCCAGAUUCUUUUGCCCUGCAUGCCCUUACGUAUGUAACUUAGAGAACCGGAUUAAGAUGAAGAGAAGGCAGCCUUUGGUUAAGAAACAAAUGGAUCCAGUGAUUUCGACAGAAGACAUGGAUAAUGCUUCGACUGCUGAAGUUCCGUGUCCUGCGUGUGGUUACAGGGAAGCAGCAUAUUAUCAAGUGCAGAUAAGGUCAGCAGAUGAACCUAUGACUACAUUUUACAAAUGCAAGAACAAGCUAUGUGGAAACAAUUGGAGAGAAGACUGAAAUGGUUUUAGGAAAGAGCAGUGUAUUCUUCAAUAGUUUCUUGGUACCAUUUCUCGGUUUCUGCGUAUCAUCCUAUCACAGGCAGAGACCAUGUUGAUCUUGUCUGUAUCGUUCCAAUUUUAUCGAAUGUCCAUAAAGGGAUCCGUGUUCUGCAAAAGUUGUGUACUCUUUAAUUUGAACUUAUGAAAUUUUGUCAGAGUGA